AUGGCCGCAUCUGGCACCCAGCCAACGCUUUUCCGCCUUUUGGACAAAGGGGGCCCACACAAGCACAUGAUUGGCUGGUGUGCAAAGGCCUUGGCAACAAACAAAGUCAUCCGUUUCCCUCGCCUGUUUCCAACCCUCGCCUGCUCCCGCUCUCCACCCCGCCGUUGUUGUCCUCGAUCUUGUUUCGACCGGCACACAGACACAUGCAUGCUCUCCACCACUCUGACUGACGAGGCGUAUACGUACUACUACUACUACUGCGUGUGUACCAAAUACCUACUGUACGGUAGCAUGACUGACUGCAUCACCAUCAUCACCAUCAUCACCAUCAUCAUCAUCAUCAUCAUCAUCAUCAUCAUCAACGCCCCCACCUCGUCUAUUCUCUUGACGGCCAUGUCCGCCUAG